AACACCAUCCUCAAAGUUCAGAAUGCCGCUCCGAACAUGCGAUUUCGAAGGCUGCUCUGCGCCCGCCGAGCGUGAUAUCGGUAGUUGCAUGAUCUGCUCAAGCCACCGCUGUGUAAAGCAUAUAGCUCCGGAAUUUCACUCAUGUCCCUCACAAAAUCUCGAUUCCGAAGCUUUCUUUCCUGCCUACAACCUCGCCCAAGAGAAACAUUUACGUACUCAACUCGCAAAAGUAGAUUUUGCUGCUUUGAAAGCAAUUGCCAGUCGCCUACGCAAUGAUAUCCCUUGUACAUUGCCCGCUCUACCACCAGACGCCAACUCUCCGCAGAUCGAUUUGAAGAUAGUCAUGGAACAAAUGGGCGGCCAGAACUGUCAUCUCGACAUCCAUUUCGCAGACGGCAUAGUCUGGAUCGCGAGAUUACGGCUCGAAGACCCCACACUUCCGCCUUUGGAGACGCAGAGAAUCAUCUUUGAUAGUGAAGUGGCUCUAGUACAGUUUCUUCGUGAGAAGACGCAACUUCCUGUUCCGCAAAUUUUCUAUCACGCUUCCUACGAGCAGAGCGGGAUUGGGACGCCAUGUGUGCUGAUGCAGAAAUUGGCUGGGAAGCCGUUGGAUUGGAAUGGGGCAACUGCACAGCAGAGAAGUAAGGUCAUGGAACAAUUGGUAGAUGUCUUUCUCGAGCUGGAGAAAUAUCCAUUUUCAAGCAUGGGCUCGUUGGCUGCUGCUACCUCCAGCGGUGCGGGAAUUGGAUCAUAUGCCCAACCUCAUUUGUUUCGCACACCAUCUCAAUCCCUCGGACCGUUUACAUCUCUAGGAGAUGCGCUGCGAUCGUUCGUCGAGCAUGAAAUGGAAAUGAUUUCCCAGGGAGAAAUAUGCACGCACGCCGUCGAUCAUUAUCUGACACACCUAUGGAGACUUGAUCAGAUUCCGAAUCUGAUCAAGAACGCUACGCAUGGUAGCUCGUUCUACAUCAAACAUUGCGAUGACAAGGGCGACCAUAUCCUCGUCGACGACAACUUCAACAUCACGGGAAUCAUCGAUUGGGAAUGGGCUUCGACGGAGUGUGCACAAUUGGCUUUUAGUGCGCCCUGUAUGAUGUGGCCCGUGGCAGAAUUCUACGACGGGAGUAACAUCUUGUCGACUGAGGAGAGGGAGUUUGCAGCCAUGUUCCAACAGCGCGGUCGAGAAGAUUUGGCACGGAUUGUUCUGGAGGGUCGUAAGUAUCAGAGAUUCUUGUUCUUUCUCGGUGGCUCGGUUUCUGCCGAUCGAGAGGAAUUUGAAGCCUUGUUUCAGGGUCUACGUCGAGCUGUGGAAGGGGAUGGUAUUGGGUCCUAUGCGGAUUGGAGAAGAGAUGCGAUUGCUCGAGAGUCACAGGGGCAAAACCCCAUCUUGGCGGAAUUGUUACAAAAGGAGAGAGAGCAGAAGUCAGGUAGGUAGGUACAGGUACCUGGUAAGAUUCAAUCUCAGAUAUCAUCAUCAAUCUUGU